AUGUUUGUUCAUCUUCCGAUUGAAGUUCAUUUGGACACUUUAAAAUGUCUCAACUUUAAUCAGUUAUUUUUUGUUAAACAAGUCAAUCGCUACUUUCUUUGGUUUAUUGGUAAAUAUGAAGAGCAAUUGGCUCGCAAGUUUUUCAAAUAUAUGGAACCGAUCGAACUUAGAGGUUUUUAUUAUCAACACAAAAAAGAGAAUGGACAGCUUGAUUACAAAAUUGUAUCUCCUGAAGAGCUUGGACGUUAUGUUGUUCGUUUUCCGUUGGAUAAUGAACUUUUGGAGAAGGUAAAAAUUUUUUGA